GGGGAAAGGAGAAGGGGAGGGAGGGGAAAGGAGAGCCGUGAUGCAGACGGCAAAUCACAUGAGCUGGGAUCUGUUUACAAACUGAGCAGCACUCCGCUCCAUGAUGAGGAACCUCGGCUGAAGAACUGCCGAUCCAGCGGAGGCGUCCGUUACAGGAGCUGGGCGGACGCUGGACAUUUUUUCGCAGUUUCUCUCCAUUCCGCCGUACGUGUUUACCCCACAAUUUCGGAGCAGAUGGUGAUUACAGCGGAGGGGGAAAACAUCCAAUUAAAUGGUCACAGCCCGAGGACUAGUCUCAGUGAUAUGAAUUAACAGGAAUCUGAUAUCGUAUAACCUUUUGUUUUGCUGUUUGGGAAAGAAACACCUGUUUUUCGGCAAGCGAGGAAUGCACGUGUGAAAAUACAGAUAAGACGAAGAUCUGCAAGCAGCUGAGGAGGUAGUCAAGGCGCCAGGGAAUAACCAAGUUCGGAGCUGCGGCGCAUGAGGUGUUAACCGCAAAACUCCGGGAUUGGCUGCUCCCCGUCAUCCACAGUGGGCAGUCCGGACGGAGCCCAGAAAGCCGUCUAGCAGCCCGCUGGCUCAGCCUCCGCUCCAGCCCAGUCCUCCUCUCCCCCCCCCACCGCCCCGUCCCUCGGGAGACGGUCACUGGUCUCCUUCUGCUGAAUUUACUGUUGCUUUGGAGUCAGAUUUCAUGCACCUGCUCCAGUGGUGUAAUGGAUGCCUGUGCAGUUUAGGAUUAAAGACUUCGUUCAAGUCCUGUGACAUGAUGUCGGAAGAUAUCUACCACCUCCCCCUCAACGUUUACAUCAUCGUGCUGGGCAUCGGCCUCUUCAUCUUCAUGCUGAGCAUGAUUUUCUGCUGUUAUCUGUUCAGGUUACGGCGACAAGGAACACGGGAGCAGUACGGUUAUAACGAGGUGGUUUUAAAGGGAGCUGGGAAAAAACUGAGUCUUCUUGGACAGACGUGUGCAGUUUGCUUGGAGGAGUUCAGGAGCAGGGACGAACUCGGGGUGUGCCCAUGCACGCACGCAUUUCACAAGAAGUGCCUAGUGAAGUGGCUGGAGAUCCGCAGCGUCUGCCCCAUGUGCAACAAGCCUAUCUGCCGGCUGCAGGCCGAUGCCCCCCAGGGCGCUGAGGGACCCCAGGACCCCCAGGAGGUGUGACAGAAGAGGCCGGGGCCCGGAGACCAGCCCACGGACUACGAGCGGGAGCAGGUCCCUGGCUGGGGGAGUCAACAUAACCCCCACCCCUCCCACUGCCACCAUUAAGAAUAUUUCCACUCGUCAACACGAGCCUGAUAUGGAGUCAAUGUGCGGCACGUGUCUGACCUUUGACCUUACUACUCGACACUAUCUGGAAGCGAGCAACAUGCCAGAACAGACGCUGGGGGAAAGCUGAGUGACUGGGACGUGAGCCCCGUGGCAUUUGCCGCUCGGGGACAGACUGCGCGCGAGAAUAAACAUACACCAGCAAGCGACUCUGCCCAGUGCCAACGAAAGGGAACGGACGCCCCCCCAUGCAGCGAACGACUCAGUUAAACCCCAUAAACGACUACAUAGAGUGAGUUAGACUAAGUUGCCUCUUUUUAGUUAUUUUGUAUUGUUACUUUGUUUCAAAUAAAAGUGUAAUGUUUUGGUGGUACAAAUCAAUUUUUACUUUCCACUCCACCCAGUUAUUAAGAAUGACUGGUUUCUGAAUAGCCCCCACUAUAUACAGAUGAUGAACGGCAAAAGCCAAAAUGCCCUUCCCUUUUAUGAGGAGACACCAUUCACAAGUUACUUUUGCUCAUUUUGAAUGGUCAUGAAUUCCCCUCCCGGGCACUGCAUGAAUAUCUGAUCACUUUAUAUAUGAUCACAUCACAAAACUGACACCAGAAAAACUAUGGAUGUCUGAUCCAUCUUCAGUUUAUAAAUGUUAUUAAAGACAACAGUGUAUUUCGUGA